AAUUUUACGCCCCGAGAAUCAAAGAGAGGGAGCCUCUUGCAUCUUCUUUCUUUAUUUUUUCCCCCAAAAUUGCGUAUCCGAGCUCCGAACCCUAACCCUAAUUGAAAACCCUAACCCUGACUCUGUGAUCGGAGGAAGCCGAUCGCAAUGGGGAAGAAGAAGAAGAGGCCGUCGAAGGUCUGGUGCUAUUACUGCGAUCGAGAAUUCGACGACGAGAAGAUCUUGGUUCAGCAUCAGAAGGCGAAGCACUUCAAGUGCCACGUGUGCCAUAAGAAGCUCUCCACCGCCGGCGGCAUGGCGAUCCACGUGCUCCAGGUUCAUAAGGAGAGCGUCACCAAGGUUCCUAAUGCAAAACCAGAUAGAGAAUCAACAGAAAUUGAAAUAUUUGGAAUGCAAGGAAUACCUCCUGAAAUUUUAGCAGCGCAUUAUGGAGAAGAAGAAGAUGCCUCAUCAAAAAUGGCUAAAGUAGAUGUGCCUUCUACUGGACUUGUUAGUGGUAUGGUACCUAGACCAUUGGGCAUGGGAUAUCCUCCUCCACAAGUUUAUGGUGCAAUGCCGCCAGUUUACAAUGCAGCUCAAAUGGGAAUUCAACCUCCAAGAUGGCCUGUUGCUACUCAGCCACAGCCAUGGUUUCCACCUCCAGCGGUAUCUGUUCCUCCAAUACCUGCUGGUCUGGCACCACAGCAACCAUUGUUUCCUAUUCAGAAUGUGGGAGCUUCUUUGACAGCCACUAACACGCCUGGAACUCAACAACCAUUUCAAGUAGGCCCGCCUGGUUUGUCCACAUCCACACCACUUUCAGUAUCUCAACCUCUAUUUCCUAUUGGUGUUAGUGCCAGUAACACACCAGCACAAAGCUCACCAUUUUUGUCAAGUACUCAUCCUGGAGCGUUGUCUUCAAGUUCUCCUACAAUACUGAAGGGUCAAUACGAUGCAAAUUCCUUAUCUAAUUUGGGAACAGGAGGGGGUGCGUCUUAUAUCAAUCCACAUUCAUAUGCUUCUGGACCGAACACUGGAGUUGCAAUUGGCCCGCCACCCGUGAUCUCCAAUAAGGCUCCUACAUCUCAGCCAGCGACCAAUGAAGUUUACUUGGUUUGGGAUGAUGAGGCAAUGUGCAUGGAGGAAAGAAGAAUGUCCCUGGGAAAAUAUCAGGUGCAUGAUGAAACUAGCCAGAUGAAUUCCAUAGAUGCAGCCAUAGACCGAAGGAUAUCUGAAAGCAGGCUUGCUGGUAGAAUGCCAUUCUAGUUUCUUUUCACAAAAUUGGAGCUCGUUCAAGUCAGCUCGAUACAUCCUUUACAUUUUGGGAGUAGCCAUACAAUUCAAUCGGGACAUGUUCAAGAUUGCAAAAUCAUCUUAUUAUUGGUUGGAUAUAUUCCUUGUAGGUGUUUUGAGGUGAGAGUCCAGAGCUAUUCUUUUUCCUUUGUUGAGCUACUAGGAAUGUGCUGCUUGAUGAGAGGUUUGCGCGUUCCUUGCUUUUAUUUAACUGAUCCAGAUGUUUCAUGUGAGAGACUUAUCUGUAACUUAUCAAUCUUUUUCUUCUAAAGGCUGUCUGUUAAAGAUAUUUUGAAUGCAUAUAUCCAUUCUCAGACUCUGUGCUACUUUGA